UGGAUUUUAUAUCCGGUCGAGCCUCGGAGCAGCAGAGGAGCGUACCGCAGUCAGGGGCGGAGCUACGGGGGGCUGGAGGGGCGGCGGGCCCCUGGCCCGGGCCUAGAAGGGGCCUGGAUGCGAGGCAAAAUGUGACGUCAGGGAUCCAACCCUUUAUCCUGUAUCAUGGCUGAUGAGAGCUGGAGAAGAAUGGCAUCAAAAGCAGUUCAGAUGGUUUUUGUGGUUCUCAACGCCGUUGGGCUGAUUGGGGUCAUCAUCUGCUGCGCCCUGCCUGAAUGGCUUGUGAAACAUAAUGAUGAUACGGAAACCCAUCAAGGUCUGUGGAAGGAGUGUGUGAAGCACAGAACUGGACUGCAGGAGUGCAGAACGCAUGAUGACUCCAGGUUAUCAAAUGAAAUUCAUGCCUUCAGGAAUUUCACCAUCUUCAGCUGCAUGCUGGGUAUUCUCAGCCUCCUCUUCCUGAUCUUUGGUUCCGACUUCACCCCAUGUGUUCAGAACCAAGACACCAAACCCAAAAUGAUCCUGGCGGCCGGAGUGGGACUGAUACUGGCCGGCCUGCUGGUGAUCAUCCUGGUCAGCUGCUUUUCAAAUAAUUUUAGAAAUGCACCAAAGACAGUGAAGCUGGGAGUGUGCACUUAUAUCGGCUUUAUUACUGGUUUGAUGUUGAUGCUGACUGGAGGUCUGCUCUGCUACUUAAUCAGAUCUGGAUCCAGAAGCUCUGGAGGAGCCGCCAUCUUCUUCAGCAACAGAGCUUAAUUUAGUGGCUUAAUGGAAGGGACUGGUGUCCAACAGAAUCCUGAUACAUAAAGUAUACAUAAAAUAUACUGGAUACAUCACCCAGCUCUAGUCCAAACAGCAAAAUUUAGAGGCUUUAUGGAAGGUACUGGAGUCUAAUAGACACGUAGACAAGGGAGGUAAUUUGGUAAAAACACAGAAUACCAGAGAUUUAUCCAAAGAAUAACUGAAUCAACAUAUCUUCAUAAUUUCAUCCAUUCGUAAAGGAAGAUAAAAAUGUAUUCUCUAAAUUUUUAUUUCCAACAUUUUAAAAGUUCUUUAUUUUUUUUAGUUCAUUUUGG